UAAUAUUUCUUUAACAGGAAAAAUUGGAAAAUAGUGAGUAAUCCAGAGGAAGAGUAAUCCAGGGCAAGAGUAAUCCAGGGCAAGAGUAAUCCAGGGCAAGAGUAAUCCAGGGCAAGAGUAAUCCAGGGCAAGAUUAAUCCACAGUAGGAUGAUUAAUCCGGAACAAUAAUAUUCAAAGAUCAGAAGCACCCACACCGGAGCCACUUGGCAUGUCCGUAUAAGUGAACAAUUACUAUGUGUCGCCUACAAUUAUGUGACUAUAUAUUGGUUAACUGAACAGUCCGGAUGACUGAAGAUUAUGCAAACGAAACAUGUUCGGAUAACUGGUCUUCAUAAUCGAAAUAAAUACGGAUAACGGAAGAUUGCAUAAUUGGAACAUGCCGGAUACGUGAUAAUAUAGCGAAAAAUUUCCGGAUAAGUUUUAACUUCGAUCUAAAGGGAAGUGCGGAUUAAAAAAAAAGAUUUAUAAAGUUUUAAAUUACAAUUUUGUGCAAGAAUAGAAAUGAUAGAGAUAGGCUGCUGUUCUGAUUUUUAAUUUGCGGAAUGUGGAUGAGAGAAGAGCCGGAAUUCGGAUGAACGAGAGUUCCGGAUAACUGAAUAAGGUAGACAAUCGAACUUAAAAUAUUUUCAGUUCAUUGACAUGAGUGGAGUGAUGUUUAAUGGCAGAAUUUGAAUGAAAUAAAACAGGAAUCCGGAUUAAAAAAAAGACAUCUGAAUAAAAGACGAAUCCGGUUGAUCAGAUUGUUCGCAUUAACCGAUAAGUCUUGGUAAACAAACUGUCCGGAUAAUCGAGACAUAGGCGUAAACAGAACGCGUCCAGACAAUCGGAAAAAUCCGGAUAAGUUAUAUCUCAAGAAGCCGAACAAUGUCAGAUAAGAUGCAGCGGACAUUGGCCUUAAUUAAACCGGAUGCUAUCGAUGAGUCGCCGGAUAUCGAGAAGAUUAUUUUAGAAGAAGGCUUCACCGUGGUGGACAGGCGGCGAGUUCGACUAACGAGGUCAGAGGCCGAGGAGUUCUACGCUGAGCACCGGGGCAAGUCCUUCUUUAACGGCCUGGUUGAGUACAUGACCUCAGGAGAGGUCCUCGCGUUAAUUCUGGCAGGAGAUGAUGCCGUGACCCACUGGCGGAGGGUCCUGGGCCCCACACAGGUCUCCAGGGCCCGCCACGAGGCCCCUGACAGCAUCAGGGCCAGGUUCGGGGACCUCAAUGACGACUCCCACAACGCAGCCCACGGCUCAGACUCCUCCUCCUCGGCGCAGAGGGAGAUCAGGUUCUUCUUUCCUGAUUUGAACCAGGAGCCCGUGUUGACAGGGGAGGGCGCCAAGGAGUACCUCAGCCACGCUGUGUCCCCGACCCUGGUCCGUGCUCUGACUGAACUGUGCAAGGUACGCCCAGAGGACCCAAUUGUGUGGUUGGCGGACUGGCUGUUAGUCAACAACCCCAACAAGCCGCAGGCAGACAACUGAACCAUCAGUAUUAGGACAGUUUGGCCUACGUCGACCAACAGAAAACGUUGUGAUAGACUAAAACGUAAGACUGUAAAGAAAACGACUUUUGCGCGUGGAAAUAAUGAGAAAAUGACUACCAUGAUGUGAAAUAGAAAUGAAAGAAAAUGGGAAUCAUGUCUUUAAUAGAAAGUAAGGAAUAAUUAUAUAUAUAUAUAUAUAUAUAUAUAUAUAAUACAGACAUGAACUGCUCUUUGCUAUAUUUAUUAUGAUUGAUCUCUAAUACAACAGGUUUAUGUAUGCCAAAGAAGCUUGUGGAGUAUGAAAGAUUAGUUUGAGGCUUGUGGAGAGGUUGUAUAAAUGUUGUGGAGAGGUUGUAUGAAUGUUGUGGAGAGGUUGUAUGAAUGUUGUGGGGAGGUUGUAUGAAUGUUGUGGAGAGGUUGUAUGAAUGUUGUGGAGAGGUUGUAUGAAUGUUGUGGAGAGGUUGUAUGAAUGUUGUGGAGAGGUUGUAUGAAUGUUGUGGAGAGGUUGUAUGAAUGUUGUGGAGAGGUUGUAUGAAUGUUGUGGAGAGGUUGUAUGAAUGUUGUGGAGAGGUUGUAUGAAUGUUGUGGAGAGGUUGUAUGAAUGUUGUGGAGAGGUUGUAUGAAUGUUGUGGAGAGGUUGUAUGAAUGUUGUGGAGAGGUUGUUUGAAUGUUGUGGAGAGGUUGUAUGAAUGUUGCGGAGAGGUUGAAUGAAUGUUGCGGAGAGGUUGAAUGAAUGUUGCGGAGAGGUUGUAUGAAUGUUGCGGAGAGGUUGUAUGAAUGUUGUGGAGAGGUUGUAUGAAUGUUGUGGAGAGGUUGUAUGAAUGUUGUGGGGAGGUUGUAUAAAGGUUGUGGAGAGGGUGUAUGAAUGUUGUGGAGAGGUUGUAUGAAUGUUGUGGAGAGGUUGUUUGAAACUUGUGAAAGGACUGAAGCUGGAAUUAUAUCACUCCAUGACACAUGUGAAUGGCAUUGCCCCAUUUGCCUUGCCUGAUAACCCCCCCCCCACUCACGCUGGUAUUCUGUUGCAAGCAAUGUCGAGUACAAUAUGUGUAUAUGCGCUCGAUGUUGAUCAUUGCUCGCCUUGCAUGAGUCUUGUCGAGGAACUGGAGGGAUGGUGCAGGAGGAGGCGAUGUGGACAUGUGACGAGAAGACUACCAAAUGGUGUGUCGAGAUGUUGGGGGAAAUAUUCGUGCAACGUUGCAGGAAUGAUAGAUGCGCCUUGAUGCUCGAAUAUCUUGUUUCCCGAUCAUCCAAGGCGGACUGUUUAUAUGGCGCGUCGUUCGCGAGCAGUUGCUCUCUCUCUCUCUCUUUCUCUCUCUCUCUCUCUCUCUCUCUUUCUCUCUCUCUCUCUCUCUCUCUCUCUUUUCUCUCUCUCUCUCUCUCUCUCUCUCUCUCUCUCUCUCUCUCUCUCUCUCUCUCUCUCUCUCUCUCUCUCUCUCUGUACAGAAGGCAGAACGUGUUGUGGCUUACAUAUGUCCAUCUUUCACUAGAAUGAUAGUCAUAUUAAUUUCACAUUUAAAUAAACGUCUUAGAAUAAGUAACAUAGACAUGUAUUAACUAAUUAUAUAUAUAAUAUAUAUAUAUAUAUAUAUAUAUAUAUAUAUAUAUAUAAUAUACCGUCUUCUCUAAGUGGCAUUACUCUACAUAAAAUGUAUUAGUCGAUAAUUUUGCGUCGCAAACAUUAUUUCUAUAAUUAUUUAUUCACAUCAUUAGCAUAAUAUGAAAAGAACGAAUAGUUACAUCUCACAAACUUUGACAAUAUUCGCUCUUGCGUACGAUACUUGGUGGUUGUUCCUGUUAAGCUGACCUCUUAAGGUCACUUAUUGAAGCUAAAAUUCCUUUCCAGUCCGUCCAA